GACAGCGACGCCAUUGCCUAGUUGUUUUUUAUUGGUAUCUGCCCCCACAAAGCCGCAAACAGAGAAAACCCCAGCUCCUCAAAAACGCCUCGAAACCUUGCUCAAGGGGCAAAAACCUGUUCAAACCUAAACCCUACAUAAACCCUUAUUAGAUUUUCAGCUAAUUAGAACGAAAAGGUCAUAUUUUCUGCAUAUUUGACGCCCUGAAGGAAGAAGAAAGCAGGCAGAUUUCUGAACUCGCAUGGCGUCCGAGGCUUCCGACGGGGAUAGGAAAUUGCGGAAGAGGCGCUACGGGUGCGAUUCGAUAGAGGACACUCUGGCUAGGUGGAAGAACUACAAUGAGAGGCUUGAUUUUGAAAAAGAUGGAGGGAAGAAGACUCGGAGGGUUCCCGCGAAGGGCUCCACAAAAGGGUGUAUGAGAGGGAAAGGAGGGCCUGAGAACUCCGCUUGUGUUUACAGGGGUGUUAGGCAGAGGACUUGGGGAAAAUGGGUGGCGGAAAUCCGAGAACCGAUUCACGCUACAGGCGGCGCUGUACCGAAGAAGAAGAAUAACCGUCUUUGGCUUGGGACUUUCCCUACAGCCUGGGAAGCUGCACUUGCUUAUGAUAAAGCUGCUUGGGCAAUUUAUGGUGCUUCGGCCCGGCUCAACUUCGCAAAGAACACCAUGGAUUUGAAGGACUCCUGCUCUAAUUUUGUGUCACCCACAACGACUAAACCAUCGUCCUACGAGUCAUCGUCAACAUAUAACAGUGCGGAUCAGGCAAAGGAAAGAUCGGGUUUCUUUGAGGACUGUCUGCCCGGAGAGCCGAAGCAGGAAAUGGUUUGUGCUGUGGGAUUGGUGACUGAGGAAUUAGAGCUUUCCAAUGCUACCUUAAGAGACGGUUGCAACCCUUCAAAUGAUGUCAAAUUUGAGACACCGGCAAUGAGGGAAGCAGUGGUGAAAGAGUUCCCGGUGAUUCUGGAAUCUGGAAGCCAAAAUGGCUUAGAUGAUAUGUACAACAAUAUGCAUAACGAGCAGAAAAAUGUUCAAUCUGAUGAUGCUGGAAUGAAGGGAUCGAUAACUGGUCAACAAUUGCAGGGAGGUUUAGCAGAAACUACGAAAUUAAAUGGCCAUAAUCACGAUGGCUUCAUACAUACUUAUGCUUACUUAGAUGACUUAGACGAUAAGUACAACAAUAGUCCAGGUUAUGGCAUCAAUGCAUCGAAUGACAUCGGAAUGCAGAGGGAGCUCUACGACAGACUUGACUACAUGCAUAACUGCUGGUCUGCAGAAAAAACCUAUGGCAUUGAUGCUGCUCAAGAACAACAAUGGGAGAGGAUGAUGCAUUGUCUCCCUAUACAAUUUCAGACACAACCACAAGUCGACAUACCUGGAAGCUCGAAUCAUACGCAGGACGGAUAUUUAGACGUGGAUUUCGAUUCAGAUUUAGUUAGACAAAGCUAUCAUUCCGGUGUAAUGGAAGAGCAGGGGCUGCAUUAUUCAUGGUUCCCUUACUCUUAGUUGUGAUUUUUACUUGAUAAGGAAUUCUAUUGAAAUUUUCUUUGAAUCGAAAUAGGAAGAUUUCCCUUUCAAUUUCAGAAUCUUUGAUGUUGUUUUGUAAACAUUUAUUGGCGUUUUAUGCUAUCAUAUGUUAUACAAGAACCUGGUGAAGUAUGGACGGGAAGAAAGCUUCGUUUGGAACGCCGAUCAUCAUCUGCAUCCCGACAUACUAAAUUUA